AUGAAGCAGAUUGCUCACUACUUUAGGAUAAAAACGGCCAAACAUGCUGUUUUAGAAGCUGGUGACAAUAUACGUGAAUUAUGUUCGGUGCUUUCAUUCCCACUGAUAAUCAAACACGUUUCCGGUUACAGCAGUGUUGGAAUGGAUAAGUCGUGCAAAGUUUAUGACAUGGAUAGCUUGCACAGUCGUGUAACUCGCUUUAUUGAACAGUAUCAAAUUGCUCUCGUUGAAGAAUUCGUUGUUGGCGAUGAGGCGACGAUACUUGUGUGUGCAGACAGCACGCAACCUGAUGGCAUUCGUGUUUUCCCUCCUGUAAUGGUGCAAUUUCCUGAGGGUGAAGAUUUCAAACAUUUUCAUUUGAAGUGGGAAACAUAUGAGGGAAUGGAGUGGCGUCUUAUGCCGGAAGAUGACCCUGCGUUGUCACAAGUCCUUUCCACAGCACGAACAUCGUUUAUGCAUAUGAUGGGAGGUGUAGGAUAUGGGAGGGUGGAUGUGCGCAUCGACCGGUCGACACAUGAUGUUGUAUUCUUGGAGAUUAACCCUAACUGCGGCGUCAUGUAUCCACCCGGGCAAGAGGGAUCAGCUGAUUGGAUCUUGCGUUUGACACCAGGUUUCAAUCAAAGGGAAUUUACUCUGCUUCAGAUAAAGGAGGCCCUUAGACGGAAUGAGCGCAUGCAACCUCUGUUCCGCUGCGUAUAUAACCCUGCACAGGGGUAUCGGAUGUGCGCUACGCGUGACAUAUCAGCAGGAUCCCCUAUUUUUGAAGCAGAGGGGCAGUCGGUUCGUCUUUACACAAAACCUCAUGUAAAGGCGACGAGGGGAAAAGAGGAGUAUGAUCAGUUCGCACAAAAAGCGUGGCCACUUGGUGGAGAUGGUCAUUACUAUGCCCUUUGGGAUAAUGAGCCAACAAAUUGGCGCACAUUUAGUCACUCCUGUGUUCCCAACAUGAACUUUGGACCAAAUCGGUCUUUGAAUCUCUACGCCACCCGUGAUAUUGCCCGAGGCGAAGAACUUACAAUGGACUACCGUCUAUUUAGGGAUGAAACAACACCACCAUUUCAAUGUUGCUGUGGAUCUGAAUGCUGUGAAGGAUGGAUUGCUAUGAAUGGAGGCAAACUUACAAAAGAGGAAAAUGGAAACAACUACUAA